AUGACUAAGCUCUCAUUUAAAGUGAUCCCUGUAGCCAACCGCGGCGAAGAACCAGAGCUCACUGAACCCACCAUCAUUCUGUACCCAGAAAGGAACAUUUCUCUGCAUCAGGACAAAGUGGUUCUGCCUCCAUUUGUGAAGAAAUCACUGGACAAACUUCGGUGGUUGCUUUUCGCCACUGAUGACCGUGAGUUGAACUUGAACUGGGUGGGAGAAUUCCUAUACCAGACGAGAAGGCUUCCCGAAGAGGAGGCACCUGAUGUGGUCACAGUGAGGGGAAAACAAGUAUCAUUUCCCCCGCUGAUGUCCAGGAAGUACUCCACCUUCCCACCGUCACCAAUUGUCCGUACCAGAAUAACCCUCAUCUACAACAGCUUGCAGAGGGACAUAAGGAAGACUAAGGUCUUCCUCCCCUGCCUCAUCACCAAACUCUGCAGGAGAGCUGGUGUAGAGGAACACCCAGAUGACACCAUGAAGGUGGCAUCUAUCAUUGAUGCUAAGACCUGGAACGGUCUUAAAAGCACCUACAUUGACACCACCCAACCUAUUACUGCCAAUCUCAGACGUUCCCCUACCAGAGAUAGUGAGGAGGAAACAUCUGUGGGCUCACUGAAAAAGACUACCAAGACCACUCCUACAAAAUCCUCUUCCUCUGGCCACGUUCCGGCCAGAAGAACCAUCCUUCCUCCUACCAAGGUGAAGAAGAAUACCCCUGUUGCUACUGAUGGCAAGCAGGGCAAGAAGAAAUCUCCUGCCAAACCUCCCCUAAGAAAGGGGGAACGUUCGAGUCAGAGGAUAAAGAGGGAGAGUGAAGACAAUGAGCCUUUGGCAAAAAGGCUGAAGGCUGGCAGAAUGUCAGCACCAAAACCAGCUGCAAAGGAGAAAUCCCCAAGCAGCUCAAACUCUACAUUUUCUGACAUUCCAUCCCCACCACCUGCUCACUCUCCACUACAACAAAUCACCCCACAACCCUCUCCUAGGCAACAACAAGGACAGGGACAGAAAGACAAAGAAGCAGCAUCUGCUGCAGAGACAUUAGUGGCUGAGCAAGAGGCUCAGCCACAGAAGAAAAAUGACAAAGGAAAGUGGAUUCUUAUAGAACCCCCUAAGAAGAAAGCAAAGACAACAGGCCAUAGGCAGAUCAAUCUGGGGGGGCCUUUGUCAUUUCCUGUCAUCCGUCCCGAUACAUCUGGGGACGAAGCUCUUGCCAGAGCUUUGGUAGAAGAAGAAGGGAUGGCAAUUCCUCCACUGAUGGAGGAACAAGCUGUGACCAUGCCCUCAUCAUCCAGACCACCAGUGGAUGAACCCAGCACAACACCUAUCAUACCUCCUGCUACUCGCAAUAACCAACAGAAGAAGCAACCUACUUCCUCCCCUACUGCAGCAAUCCCCAUUGCAGCUAGAAGAAAAUCGCAAAUUGGGAUUGCUGAAAUCUUUGAAAUGCAGGGAGAGAAGUUAGAAAAACGGCUGCCAGCAAAGAAAUCCGUCCCCCAACUUGACAUGACAAGCACCAAUGCAUAG